CCUUCUCUUCCACUCUAAACGUCCCCUGCUGCAAUUCAUUUACAGAGCCACACAGAUUGAGACAGAGACAGAGAGAGAGAGAGAGAGAGAGAGAGAGAGAGCAAGAAUCUCUUAUCAAAAAGAACUCUCUAGUACCACCACUUCUCUUGGAUUACGUGGAAAAAAAUCUCAACUUUUUGGUUUUGAAGAAGCUCUCAAAAUUGAGUUACUCUUCUUUUGUAGAGUCUUUGUGAAUCGACCUGUUUUAGGGUUUUGAUUCGUCUUAUGGAGUUGAUCGAAUUGAAAUAACUACUUUGGUUCCUGGGUAAUCUUUUUUUUUUUUUGUUUUCUGGUUGUGUGAAAGAGAAUAAAAAAAAAAUGUCGACGAAGAUGAAAGGAGAGAUUUUUAUCUCUAAAAGCUUAGUAUCUAAGAAAUGGACAUUAUUACUCUGCUUUGGGAGCUUCUGCUUUGGGAUACUCUUCACCGAUAGAAUGUGGAAUAUUCCAGAGUCUAAAGACAUAGCUCGACCAUCCGUAACAGAAGCUGAAAGGUUGAAGCUGAUCUCUGAAGGCUGUGGUCCCAAAACUCUUUACCAGAAAGAAGUAAAUCGUGAUCCUCAGGCUUUAUUUGGAGAAGUUUCAAAGACUCAUAGCGCUAUACAGACAUUGGAUAAGACUAUUUCAAGCUUAGAGAUGGAGUUAGCCGCAGCAAGAUCAGCUCAAGAAUCUUUAACAAACAGUGCUCCUAUAUCUAAUGAUGUAGAGAAGAAGCAAUUACCUAGGAAAAGACGGUAUUUGAUGGUUGUAGGGAUUAAUACCGCUUUCAGUAGCAGAAAGAGAAGAGAUUCUGUUCGAACAACUUGGAUGCCUUCAGGAGAAAAAAGAAAAAAGUUGGAAGAAGAGAAAGGAAUUAUUAUACGGUUUGUGAUUGGUCAUAGUGCCACUGCUGGUGGAAUACUAGACCGAUCCAUUGAAGCAGAGGACAAGAAGCAUGGAGAUUUCUUGAGAUUGGACCAUGUUGAAGGAUACCUCGAGUUAUCAGGCAAAACGAAAACAUAUUUUUCUACUGCGGUUUCAAUGUGGGAUGCAGAGUUCUAUGUUAAAGUAGAUGAUGAUGUUCAUGUAAAUAUCGCAACCCUUGGGGAAACUCUUGUUAGACACAGGAAGAAACCUAGACUCUAUAUCGGCUGCAUGAAAUCUGGUCCAGUCCUCUCUCAAAAAGGAGUUAGAUACCACGAGCCUGAGUAUUGGAAAUUUGGUGAGAACGGGAACAAGUACUUUCGUCAUGCUACUGGACAGUUAUACGCCAUUUCAAGAGACUUGGCUUCUUAUAUCUCCCUUAAUCAGCGUGUUCUGCACAAAUAUGCAAAUGAGGAUGUUACAUUAGGUGCUUGGUUUAUCGGGCUUGAUGUUACACAUAUCGAUGAUAGAAGGCUAUGUUGCGGCACUCCUCCUGAUUGUGAAUGGAAAGCACAAGCAGGAAAUAUAUGUGUAGCUUCAUUCGACUGGACAUGCAGCGGUAUCUGCAGAUCAGCUGAUCGGAUAAAAGAGGUUCAUAAACGAUGUGGUGAACCGGAAAACGCUAUUUGGAAAGCCAGAUUUUGAGGCCUUCCACAACAUAUUAUACAUAUAGAUCAUAUAAAGAAAUGUUUUCAGAUCUAAACGGUCAUCAAACGAUGAUCAAGCGGAAAACAUAUCUUCUUCAUAUUCUUUAUGGACCAAGAAGAUACCUACUUCUGUUGUAUAUCAUAGAUUCAUAGUUACUUACUUACAUAGGACAGGACUAGAGAGAGAGAGAUGUAUGAACUGAACCUCUUUCAAAAAUAAGGUUUGCGUUUGAGAAACGGUUUGUAAGAAAGCGUUUUCCGUUUAGUAGAUGGAACCUAGACGCUGCAGCAAACGCGCCUGCGUCUCCUUUUCUUUUGGUUGUUUUACUUUUGGAGUGAAGUAAGUAUAAUUUGUCAAUUGUCACUGUGGAUUUAGACCAAUACACGGUACAAGAUUAUUGCUUAGAAUUUCGAUUUUUGGAUCAUGAAUAAGAUUUCAAGUUUGUAUA